UCUCCCUUGAGGCACAGCGCGCGCUUAGAUGAGCAACCUGUGCCGGCGGCUGGGGGGACCCGGAGCUGGCACGCCCCGUGUACGUAUGUUAUGCAAACCGGUCCCCUGACACGUCAGCUGUUAGGAGACAUUGAGUAGAUUCGUGGCGCGACGAAUGUUGGCGAAGAUGUUGAGAGCGAGCGCGGCAGUGUUUGAGAUGGUCAUCAACAGCUACCCACACCGGCGUGUUUGUGUGCGCCAUGAAAAGUCUGUACAGCAGCGAACAGCGCGUGCGACUACGAUGCCGGUGUCAUUGCCAGACCACUCCUUGGAAGAGUGGCACUCGGUUCAUGCAGUUGCACCUACUUUUGAUGCACAUUUUGCUUGAAGACUCACCACAGCCUGAUCGACUGAACUUGUCUAGCCAUCAACUGCCAUCGCCUGGACAAUGUAGCAAAUCUCGUGCUGGGAUCUGGAUGCUGCUGGCCAUCAAGUACGCGAGCUUACCUGAACGCUUGUUCGUAUCGAGCCCACAAACCCGCCCCUCGCAUACACUUCAGCAUCUCUUUCCAUUCUUCAUCCCUUGCCCUUCUCAACUCUUGCUCUUUUUCGUCUCCUACUCUGCCUCAUUCCUUGCUCCAUCUCUUUCUUUCAGCUGUUUCUGCUUCAUCGUUGCAUACCUCAUCAUCACGUACCUCAUCGAGUGCUUUACCAUCGCGUACCUCCGCUCUUGCUUCUACUUAUCUCUCUUUUUCACCGUCACUUACUUCAGCAAAUCAUCUCGCCUCACUCCAGGUCUUCUUCCUAAGUUUCCCGUUAGAUCUUUGCCUGUUCUGCAAUACCGCAUCGUUUUCAGUCUUUCCUGUGUUGGCUUCUGCAUCUCACCCUUCUUCGUCGAUCAUCAGCUUAUGAGCUCAAAUCCUCCAGCUCUCUCUCCCGUCUUCGCAAUCUCUCUCGCCUCUCUCUCGCCUUUCUCUCGUCUCUCUCUCGUCUCUCUCCCCCUCGUCUUUCUCUCUCAUCUCUCUUUCUUCUAUCUUCCUUUCUCUAUAUCUUCCCCGUACACUCUCUUCCUCACGUUCGUACUCUCUUAUCUCUUGUUUCCCACGAACAUUUGCUCGCUCCUGUUGGGUCGUUGACGCUGUCUCGUCCCACCUUCUUCACGCGUGUCUUUCGUCGAUAUCCUUGUCGAGCCUUCGACGUCG